AUGGUGCUUUUGAUUGCGGAGGCCUUGAAGGCAGAGUCGCGUAAAGAAGUCAACAAAUUUUUGAGGGAAAGGGGAGAAAAGGGGCGCUUCGCAAAGGAUUUUGAUGACCUAGUGGCCAAUGAAAAACAGUUCAAGGAGAAUUUUCAUAUGGAUGUAUGUAGUUUCAACGAGUUGUAUGAGCUGGUUCAUCCUCAACUGCAACCUAAAAAGCGAACAAGGCCAAACGAUGAAAUUUCACCAAAGCAAAAGCUGGCUGUCGUGUUGGAGUUCUUUGCUUGUGGAACACUUCAACGGCAUGUUGCGUCUGUUUACCGUAUAAGCAAACAACACUUUGGAAUCAUUUUAACCGAAGUUUGCGACGCCAUUAUUUCUGCUUUAGGCAACGAAAUUCCACCGCUAACACCUGCAGAAAUACAACGUAUUGGAUACACAUUUAACAAGUGGAAUUUUCCCAAUUGUGGAGGUGCUCUCGAUGGCAAGCAUGUUGCCAUUAAGUGUCCACGAAAUUCUGGAAGCCUUUUUUAUAAUUAUAAGGUAUACAUUUAG